AAUAAUGCAUAAGUAGGCCCAUAUAAAUAGACUUUCAAACGGGACAGGUCAAACGACUUCUGCAAAAGAGUGGCUGUCAGUGUAUAUUUAAGCAGCAGUGCGCAUGCCCGACACUACUGAACGUGAACGCGUCUUCAAGACAUGCAGCCCGCAGUAACCAACAUGGGCAGGUAAUGUCAACAAGUUGUGUGCCAAAGGUUGUGUGGAGGAACAAAGGGCAUCAAUACCUUGGUGGAAACCUCCUUCUUUUCUACUUAGGCAGAGAGAAAUACAUUUUCCAUCAUCAUGGCAGAGGAGGACUAUGGCACCUUUGUGGACUGGAACCUAAUGGGCGACCUGGCCAAGAGCAGCGGGCCCACCAAGGUUGACUGUAAAGAGCUGAAAGAGUUCAAACAGAUGGCUCGCCAAGGCUACUGGGCCAAGAACCACAAACUGCGGGCACAAGUCUAUCAGCAGCUCAUCAAAUCCAUCCCCUGCCGCACAGUUACACCAGAUGCAGAGGUGUACCGUGACAUUAUGGGUGAGGCAGCCACAAAGAAGCCAUCCUCGCAUAUCUCGCUGCCAGAGUUUGUGGAUGGGAAUCCUGUGCCUGGCUACUGUCUGAAAGCAGACGCUGUGGCCUCGGCUCAUCGCAUCAUCAACUGCAUCGCGGGGCAGUUUCCAGACAUCUCCCACUGCCCGUCUCUUCCAGCUAUUACUUCACUGCUCCUCCACUUCAGUAAAGAUGAAGCUCAGUGUUUUGAACACGUCAGCCGCAUACUGGCUUGCAACGAGCCGGGGAAACGAUUGUUGGAUCAGACUUUCUUGGCCUAUGAGUCCAGCUGCAUGACCUUCGGAGACUUGGCCAACAAGUACUGCACGGCUGCUCACAAACUGAUUGUCGCCACAGCUCAGGAUGUGCUUGAGGUCUAUGCAGACUGGCAGCGCUGGGUGCUUGGAGAUCUGCCGUUUAGCCACAUGGUCAGAGUACUGGAUGUUUAUCUGGUAGAGGGCUACAAGGUUCUCUACCGUGUUGCCAUAGCCUUGCUUAAGUUUUAUCGCAAACAUAGAGCAGGAGGACAGCACCAACAGCCGCAGGACUCUGAGAAAAUAAGGUUGGAUAUUCAGGCGUUCAUCAAAGGCAUCGGCUCCACCGUCACGCCUGACAAGUUGCUGGAAAAGUCCUUCUCCAUCCGCCUAAUUAACCGCAAGGAAAUCACUCUGCUGCAGCUGACGAACGAAAAGUCCCUGCAGCAGAAAGGGAUCACUGUCAAACAGAAAAGAUUUAGGCGAAAUGUGCAGCUGGCACUUAAUCCUGAGACGUUCUCCUCAGAGAUUGUAAGCGCAAAGGAGAUGCAUGACAUCUGGUCGUGGAUCCCAGAGCGCUUCGCCCUGUGCCAACCGGAGCUCCUGUUUACCACCUCCACUCAUGGUUGCAGCAUUAAUAGGUUCUACUCUCAUUGUGAGGGCCAUGAACCCACUCUGCUCCUCAUUAGGACUACAGAUGGAGAUGUGUGUGGAGCUUUCCUGUCGACAGACUGGGAGGAGAGAAAACGUGGAGGCAACAAGUUGAGUUUCUUUGGCACAGGGGAGUGUUUUGUAUUCAGGCUGAAGCCUGAGAUGGAGCGCUAUGAGUGGGUGGUGAUCCGCCACCCUGAGUUAGCGUCUGCCAUCAGACCCGAGGGUCAGGAGAAUUCUGCCUCCUCUGAGGACCAGAAUGGAGACAAAAGCCUACAGCAGCCUGACAAACCUCUUGGAGAUCUAUCGCCGUUUCUUGCCGCUCGCCACUUCAACCUUAACUCCAAAAACACUUCCAUGUUCAUGGCUGGAAACUUCGACUCCAUCAUAGUGGGGGGUGGAGGCGACGGGAACGCUCUGUACAUCGACGCCGAGCUGAACCACGGGCACACAGGCAGGUGCACCACCUUUGAUAACCCGCCCUUGUGUAAGGAGAGCUUCCAGAUUUCCCUGCUGGAGGUCUGGGGCUUCCAGGACGCCAUGGCCCAAUAAUAGGGAGCCGGAAGUAAAAAUGCAGAUAUGCCGACAGAACAGCAUCUUCUUGGUUUUUCAUGUUUAUUUAUUGGUGUAUAAAGAUUCUAUAUUUUUGUUAAUUUUUGUAUGUCCAGAUUAUGGUAAAAACUGUGGAGGUGUUAAGGUUUCUAAUUUCUACAUUUAAGUUUAUUUCACUCUGCCAAAAGUCCUUGAUGUGCUCCAGAGAUUAUAAAACGGUUGAUAUCUAACAUUAAAUGUGAGGUGAAGUCUUCAUUAUGUGUUAAAAGGUUAAAUAUGAUGAUGGUGUCGUGUUGUUCCAGGACAGACCUGUUUGGUCCACUCCUGAUGCAUUUGUUUUCUGCACUAUUUGAUUUCCUGUGCUUCAUGUGAAGGAUGUAAGAAGAUAUAUUAUGCAAAUGCUUGUUGCUGUUUUUGCACCUCUAGGUUCAAAACCUUUUUUUUCCCUGUUUAUAUGAAUACUUCUCUGCAUAGUGAUUUAACCUCGAUGAAAUAAGUAAUUUCAUAGCCUUUUCUGCUUUUUUGGCAUUUGUGUGUUUCCUAGAAAUGGGAAGAAUUGUGUAAAAUGUUGAACCUGUGUUGAUGGGGUUACAUGUCCUGUGGCUGUAUGGAUGUCCCUCAGAGUGGAAUGUGAACAAAGUACCGUAACAAAGAAGCAAACAUGUCCUACAUUUGAGAAUACAGUAUUACCUGAAAUAUUAA